CAACUAAAAAAGAAUUAAGAUGGAAAAUAUGAAGUUUAGUAAGAAAAAAGUAUUUUCAAUUUUUAUUGCAUCUUUGUUAUGUUACAUUGCUUCGGCAUGUAAUAGGACGUCAGCUACAAAACAACCAGAAGUGCCAUGUUUUUUCAUAUUUGGUGAUUCUUUGGUUGAUAAUGGUAACAACAAUGGCAUUCUUACAUUGGCUAGAGCUAAUUAUCAGCCCUAUGGUGUUGAUUUUGCUCAAGGAGCCACGGGUCGUUUUUGUAAUGGUCGAACUGUUGUCGAUGUGUUGGCUCAACUUCUAGGAUUUACAGACUAUAUUCCACCAUUUUCAAGUGCAACGGGUGAUUCUCUUAUCAAGGGAGUGAAUUUUGCAUCGGGAGCUUCUGGUAUUAGAGAUGAGACUGGCAAUAAUUUGGGGGCUCAUAUUCCUAUGAAUCAACAAGUGAACAACUUUGGGAGAGUUGUGCGACAAUUAAGGAGAUUUUUUAGGGGAGAUGCAAAUUCCCUUCAAAAUUAUCUAAACAAGUGCAUCAUUUAUUCAGGAUUGGGAAGCAAUGACUACCUCAACAAUUACUUCAUGCCUAAUUACUACUCUACUCCUAAUCAAUAUACCCCUGCAGCUUAUGCUACUGCCCUUCUUCAAGAAUACUCGCGCCAACUCACGGAUUUGUAUCGACUUGGAGCAAGGAAGGUGAUCAUACCAGGAAUCGGGCCAAUCGGAUGCAUUCCUUAUGAGCUAGCAAGGUUUAAUGGGACAGCACAAAGCCGUUGUAACGAGGACAAGAACAAUGUUGUCAAUCUGUUUAAUUCAGGACUAAGACAAUUGGUUGAUACUAUAAACAAUGGUCAAUUUCCAGGGGCCAAAUUCGUUUACUUAGACUCUUUUAAAGGCAGCAAAGAAUUGACCGCUAAUAAAAAAUCUUAUGGACUUGAGGUAACAGAAGAGGGGUGUUGUGGAGUAGGGAAAAACAAUGGGCAAAUUACUUGCCUUCCUUUGCAAACUCCUUGUGAAAAUCGCUCCAAGUAUCUAUUUUGGGAUGCAUUUCACCCAACUGAGGUAGCUAAUGUGAUAUAUGCCAAGAUGGCAUACAACUCCAAGGCCAAUGCAUAUGCACACCCUAUCAACGUUCGCCAGUUGGCAACACUCUAAUUAAUAAUUGUAUUGUUUUAUUUUUAUUUUCAAGCAUCCAAUUGUACUAAAUUCUGUGAGUUGUACUAUUUUUAAUAUCUUUAACUCUAUUAAAACCAUAGAUAAUGGAUUUGAGUUGAAUCAAUGUGUGUUUGGUUAAGACCCAAUUGUUUAAGUAUAGUGUGUGGAAUGACCAUAUAUCACUAUUUUUGGUGUUUGGAUUGAGUUUGGAUGGAUGUUUAAACUUAUAUACCUUCGUCUAAUUGAUUUUCCCGGUGGUUUUUUUUUAUUUUACACUUGACUUAUAUUUUUUAGGGUAUUUUGAUUUUUACCACCUUCAAAUAACCACUUAAUUGAAUUUACCACCUCCAAAAAAAAAAGAUUUACUUUACCACCACCAAAAUUUCCAAAAAAUCGAUUUUACCACCAACUACCAGAUUCCGUCCAUGAAUCCGUUAGUAGGGCCCACAUAUUUGACGUUUCUUCUUCAUCUUCCCCGAUCUUCCAUGUCAACCAACCAGCAACGAAAUCAACUACCUCGGUUGGUCGGAAUUUCGUGUGGGUUUCGCGUCUGGGUGGUGGUGGUUUCGAGUCGCGAUGGUUUCGCGUCUGGCUGGCGUGGUUUCUGGUGGGUGGUGGUGGUUUUGAGUCGGGGUGGUUUCGCGUCUGGGUGGCGGUUGUUUCUGGUCUGGGUUUGGAUGGUGGUGGGGUUGGUCGUAGCUGUUAGGUGGUGGCUAGGGUUUUGAGGUCGGAAAUUGGUGGAAAGGGGUAGAAAUCGGUGCGGCUGUGGUGUGCGGUGCGGUGGUAGCGAUUAGGUGGUGGGUUGGUCGUAGCUAUUAGGUGUUGACUAGGGUUUUGAGGUCGGAAAUUGGUGGAAAGGGGGUCGAAAUCGGCGCGGCUGUGGUGUGCGGUGCGGUGGUAGCGGUUAGGUGGUGGCUAGGGUUUUGAGGUCGAAAUCGGUGUGGUGGCUGUGGGUCCCGACGGUGGCUGGUAGCGGUUAGGUGGUGGGGGCUGGUUGUAACGGUUAGGUGGUGGGGCUGGUUGUAGCCGGUCCGGCGGUGGGGGUCUCGACGGUGGCAGCAACCACCGGUUGAUGGAUGGGGUUUUUUAAUUUUUUUUUUGGUUUUUUUUAAUUUUUUUUCUAAAGCUUACCCAAUAAUAUGGAGACACGUGUGCAAGGUAGGCCCCACUAACGGAUUUUUGGACGGAAUCCGUUAGUUGGAGGUGAUUGGUGGUAAAACUGAUGUUUAAU